AUGAAGGAAGAGCCCGAUUUUCUAUGCGAUUCAGUGAAUUUGUUAACGGAAGGAUGCCGUCUGUCUGUGAGGAUGCAUAGCAGUGAUGAUUGGCCACUAGCAGAAGUAAUAAGUAUCAAAGACGUUGGAACGACACGGUAUUAUUAUGUCCAUUAUAUUGAUUAUAAUAAAAGAUUAGACGAAUGGGUAACAGAAGAACGAUUAGAUACACGUAAAGUCCAAUAUCCCAGAAAAGAUGGUAUGACUACUGGAACAUCUGGUACUGGUGCUAGUACCCCAAAAAUAAAAGUUGAAAACGUGUCAAUACUGUCUCAGAGUCGACCAGCUUCUCCAUUAAGUUUACCACCWGCAGUACCAAACAAUGAUGCUACAGUUYUAUCUGCUGCGUUACAAAAGAAAAUUUCUAGAAAGAGAAAAAUUGCUGAUAAUGAAGAUUCUCAAGAUUUACCAACACCAACACCACGUCAGACAGGUUCAAUGGUUAUGCAACAUGAUGAUGUUGUCACCCGGAUGAAAAAUGUAGAAAUGAUUGAACUUGGUUUAAAUAGAAUAAGCCCUUGGUAUUUUUCUCCAUAUCCUCAGGAAAUGGUCAACUUGGGAUGCAUAUUUAUCUGUGAAUUUUGUUUAAAAUUYAAGAAAAGUAGAACUUCACUUUAUCGACACAGUGUAAAAUGUAACUUGAGACAUCCACCCGGUACAGAAAUAUAUAGAAAAGAAUCAAUUUCAUUUUUUGAGAUUGAUGGCCGUAAGAAUAAGUCUUACUCUCAAAACCUGUGUUUAUUGGCAAAACUGUUUCUUGACCACAAGACUUUGUAUUAUGACACUGAUCCGUUCUUAUUUUAUGUAAUGACUGAAUAUGACUUAAAAGGAUUCCAUAUUGUGGGAUACUUUUCCAAAGAAAAAGAAUCUACAGAAGACUAUAAUGUUGCUUGCAUUCUUACACUACCGCCUUACCAGAGGAAGGGUUAUGGGAAAUUAUURAUUGAAUUUAGUUACGAAUUAUCAAAAUUUGAAGGCAAAACUGGAACCCCUGAAAAACCUUUGUCAGAUUUAGGUUUGUUAUCUUAUCGUAGUUAUUGGAGUCAAACUAUUUUAGACAUCUUGUUAACCGUGAAACCAAUGCCGGAUAACGAAAAACCACAAAUCACAAUCAAUGAAAUUUGUGAGCUGACUAGCAUAAAAAAAGAAGAUGUUGUUUCAACUUUACAGAUACUCAAUUUGAUUAAUUACUAUAAAGGACAAUAUAUCAUAUCAAUAAAUAAAGAUAUAAUUACUUCACACAUUGAAUCAUUUCAAAAGAGGAAAAUUCGAAUUGACUCAAAAUGUUUACAUUGGAAUCCUAAAGACUGGUCGAAACGUGCCAAAUGGUGAACAGAUAUGUUUAAUUUUGUAUCUUUUAUUGAAUCAUACAUUUUAAUUUGUUACACAUUGAAAUUAAUAUACCCUUAAGA